CUCUGAUAGGUCGGAGCUCUGUCUGCGACACCCUCCGUCAUGUUCGUCAUCGAUGCGCUACCUCGACCCCAAUUCCACUCCGCUGCGAGACUAUCCACGACCCGAAUCCCAUCCCCUUCCUAUCCUUAACUUCUUCCUUCCAUACCGAUAUACCUACCUAACCCUCUCUACGCAUGUCUUCCGCGCCAAUCUGCUCGAAUCCUGUCGCGCGUCUGUGAAUCCGCUCGCCUUACGUCCCCCGACAGCGUGAGAGCCCCCCGUAGCUCGAAUUGAGAAUAGCCGAGAUGGCGUCGGCCACUGGAAUUCCCCAACAUCUCCCGAUUGAUCCGGACAGGGAUGACCAAGGAGACCUGGAACCUCUUUUGGGUCGGCCCGGCGACGCUUCGCAGAGGGAGAAUGCUCCCAUAAUCAAAAACUUCGUCAUUGGCACGGGAGUCAUCGCCGAACUCGCCGCCCUCAUCCUCACGGCCGCCGUCUGGGCUGCCGUCCUGCUCAACCCGCCCCUGAUCCUCUUCUCGGUGCACCCGCUCGCCCAGUCGCUCGGCAUCCUCGUCCUCAUCCAGUCCAUCCUUGUCCUGCAGCCGACGCACACGGGGGCCCAGAAGCAGGUCGGCGCCAAGAUCCACGCCGGCCUCAACCUCGUCGGCUUCGCCCUCUUCGCCGCCGGCGUCGCCAGCAUCGAGGUGAACAAGUUCGCCAACAACGGCCUCCACUUCCACUCGGCCCACGGCUACCUCGGCGUCGCCGCCGCCGUCUGGCUCCUCGCCCAGUACCUCGUCGGCUUCACCAUGUUCGCCGUCCCGGCGCUGUACGGCGGCGAGACCAACGCCCGGAAGGUCUGGAAGUACCACCGCUCAAGCGGUUACGCCCUACUUCUCUUCCUCUUAGCUACUGUCGUUACUGCCACCGAGACCGACUACAACCUGAACGUGCUGAAGCUGAACCUGUGGGCGACCGUGAUCCUCAGCUUACUCAUCGUCGCCGGCGUCUUCCCGCGGAUCAAAAAGCACAAGCUCGGCCUGUGAGACGGCGGGAACGACCGCGCCGUUCCUUCUCAUAGCACGGCGAAGGGCCAAUUCGGGAAGAGUGGACUCCGUCCUCGUACCUAACCUCAAUACCGCAAUACGUCUCGAACACGAACGCCUCAUUUUUGUGCCCUUUGUGGAGGAGUUCCGACCCAAAGAAAAGGAAGAGAGAGAAAAAAGGUAACGGAAGAGGAGAAAGGAAAAAAAAGGAGAAGAGUCUCCUAGCGGGUUCAGCGUAGCAUAUUUGGGGCAGCGUAGCUUAUUCCUUGUUUCGAACUACGGCGUUGGCGUGCCUAGCGCUCCUUGGCUUAGGUUCUUGGGUAAAUGAAAUUGGCAGAGCGCGCGUGCGAGGGGACGCAGAGGAACGAACUUGACUUGGUGGGUUGUGUUGGUUAGAGCGCUGCGAGGGGCCCACGAAGCGCGAUGGGGAAACAAAAAAAAAAGGACCAAAGAAGAGAGGCCGCGAGCGUGUGGAAGCUGCAGAUUCUAACUCCGCACGUCUCGACAACGGGACCUCGUGUAUUU